UAAUGGGCAUCUCAUUUGGAAAACUUUGAAAAUGUUUGUGGCGCUGGGGUGGUAGCUGGCAGCAGGAAGAGCAUAUAGAAGCUGGGGAUGAAGAAAGUCAAGGGUUUGGGAGAGGCAAGUGGAAAGGAUACAACACAUUUGAUAGAGCCAAAGGAUGUGUUGUUGGAGCUCUUUGUGGAGAUGCAGCUGGAGCAGUGCUUGAGUUUCAUAGGGGAGAGAUUACUGAAGACCUUUGUAGAGAAGCUGUUCAAAUGCCUGGAGGUGGGGUCUUCAGAGUUGGUCCAGGACAAGUUACUGAUGAUGGAGAACUAACUAUGUGCCUUCUGCAUGCCUUAGCCAAUGGUCAAGGAGAGUUUGUAGAAUCUGAAGCGGCUAAAUACUAUGCAAAAUGGUAUAACUCUAAGCCAUUUGAUUGUGGAAUAACUAUCAGAAGUGCUCUUUCUGUCGCAGACCAAGACAAUCCAAACCCAGACAAGAUCAAGAAAGAAGCAGAAAAGUGCUCCCAAGGAUCACAAAGCAACGGCUCAUUAAUGAGAGCAACCCCUCUUGCUGUUUUAUGUUACAACAUGAAGACUGCAAAUGUUGACGAUUUUGAAGCUGAAGAAUGGAAAAAACACAGAGACUGUGUCUUUGAAGCAGCAAAACUUGAUGCCUCUUUCACCCAUCCGAAUCCAGCUGUCCACUAUGUUGAAGGGUUGUACAUCUACAUGAUGACUCUGAUCAUCAAUGGAGUCAAACUAGCUGAUGUCUACAGUGCAAUCAUAGACGAAAUUAACCAAUCAGCUGAUGAAGAGUAUAAGGAACUGAUUCUUGGAUGGGUUGAUGAAUCUUGUGAGGAUAAACUUGGUAGCUUAGAACACCAGAUGGGAUGGAUGAAGAAUGCCUUUGUUUGCUGUCUCAGAUACCUCAGACUUGCAAAAGAAAGUGAGGACUCAAAAGAACCCCUUAGUCCCAUAUUCUACGAAGAUGCAAUGGUGGAGAUCCUGAUGGGAGGAGGUGACACUGACACCAACGCUUGCAUUGCAGGUGGACUCAUCGGAGCUAUUGUUGGAUUUGACGCACUUCCAGAACUUCAGAAGUCCAAAGUUCUGAGUUGGGAUAAUAACAAUAAAGAAGGUCAUGAAAGGCCUGAAUUCUUGGUCCCAAGAAUCCAUGCUGAGAAUUUGAUUGAGAAAUUGUAUGAUUUGGCUCCAACAGAUUUGGAAAUAGACUAGAUCUUCAUUAAUUAAUUAACUUAGAAAAAGUUAGCACUUUAAUAUUCCAAG